UACUUUCUACAACCGCUCCCCAAAACCUACCUUUUGACCGUUAAUUGCCUUCAUUGCAAUUUGCAACUCUUUUUCGACCAUCGUCGCAGCAACUUCCGGAGAAUCGCAGUCUCUGAUUUUUCCGUGCUAAUCAUCCUUCUUCACUCCUAAAUCUAUGGGGAGUGAAGAGGCUUUGAUUGAUUCGGCAGCUAUGGAUUCUGUUGUCCGUUCAUGUAAUGAGGGGGCAAAACAGGCCAGUGAUAAUAUUAACGAGAGCGAGGGUUUGGGGGUUGACUUUGUCGAGGAUUUUGAUUCAUAUAUGCAAGAUAUCAGUGAUCGGUUAACAAUUUCGAGGAUGGUUAGCGAUUCAGUGAUCAGAGGAAUGGUUAAUGCUGUUGAACAAGAUGCGGCUGAGAAGAUAGCUCAUAAGGAAUUGGAGGUGGCCAAAUUAAAGGAAAUGCUGCAUGUAUAUCAUGUGGGUGGAGAUAACCCUGAAUCCUCACGGUUGGAAGCGAUUUGUAAUGAACCAAAAAAUAUGAAUUGUGCACUAUAUUCAACUAUUUCAGAAAUUUUAAUGCAGCACAAUAGGAUUGGCGAUAGUCUGGGAAGCCUGAGAUCUUCAACUAAAGAACAGCUGAAGAAGCUUCGGAAAGAGAUUGAUUGCAUCAAAGGGAGUGGCUCCAUUCGGCGGAUUAGUUCAGGUUCUGAGUUACUGGGAUUGGGUGGUAUAUUGCAAGACAAGGCAUCUGAAAGGUGGAUUGAUGUGGAUAAAAUGAUGGAUAGUCUUACAAUUAAUCUUGAUUCUGUCUUUGAACAGGUGGAAAAUAUAGCAUUCUUGUCUAAGGCUUCAGUUUGUGAGUGGCACCUAGAGAAGGAGUUCCAAGCUGAAAUUGAAGGUAUGGUGAUUAAGAACUGUUUUGGGGGUCUUAAAGAAGAGUUUGAGCAGAGAUUAUGGGAUCACAAUGCUCAAUUUUAUUGGAAUGAUGGCGUGAACUGGCUUGAAAAGAUCAAAGAGGUUUCAAGUUUACGUCAGGAAUUGGAUAACAUUUCUAAUUCACUAUCUCUUUCUGAAACUGGACAGCUAACUUCGCAUGAAUCUUUAGAGAUUAAUGGUGAUUAUUUUCAUCGGAAGGUUUCUGGCAAUCAUGCUGUGUCAGCAGCUCUACAUCGAGAGGUAAGUGGUACACAUGAGGAUUCAAUGAUUGUCCAUGAGAAUUUAGACCCUGCCCAGCUGAAGCACUUGUCAAAGGAUGAAAUGGUGAUUUUUUUUAAGACUGAGAUGACGAAGAUGAAGAGGCACCAUGAGUCCAAAGUCCAAGAGAUGACUGAAGAAUAUUUCAGCCUUAAGCGUGAUUAUUUGAGGGAGAGGGGCUCUUCUUUGGUGUUAAGGAAGGAUAAAGAGUGGGAGGUGUUGAGGAAAAAGAUUUCUGAGGUCAUCUAUAAACUGGAUAAUUUUCUUCUGGAGAAUGAUAAAUUGCCUGCUUUUUCUAACAAUACUGAGAUGCUUGACAACUUGAAAGACAGAUUGGAAUUCCUACAUGUUGAAAACAGCCAGCUAAGAGCGUCAGUCACAGACAAGAAAAAGGAAAUUAAAUGCCUCUCCUCUCAAAUUUCAGACACUGCAGAGAAAAUAUCGCAGCAUUCCUUGGCUGAGGCAAACUUAUUGAAAGUUAUUGCAAAUACUAAAGCUUCAUUGGAAGAUGCAAACAUUGAAGCUUCAAUCCGUGAAGAUUUAUAUAAAUGUCUCUUCAAGGAGUUAAUGGGCCAGAUAAAUUAUGACGCUGCAAAACCCUCUGUCAAAUAUGAGAUAGAUGAUUCAGAUAUGGAGUCCAUUUGGAUGCUAGAUCUCUCUGGUGUUAUAGUUAGGGAAGCCCUCAAAGAAGCCAAGGAGAAACUCUACGAAACGAAUGUGAAAUAUGCCAAUGAAACUGAAAGUAGAGUUUCCCAUCAGAUGGAAAUGAUGGAAAGAGAGAAGGCGCUAAGAUUGGAGGUUGCAGAGAAAAAUAAAUUGGAGGAAGAUAUUCUCUUACUGGAAGUAUCACUGGUAGAAAAGAAUGUCCAAGUGCAGAGGGUAACUGAUGCAUUGGAAAAAGAAAGGCAGCAUUUUGAGUUAGUUUGUCAAGAGCUCAAUGAUUUGAGGGAUCAAACAAGUAAGCAGCAAAUAUUAAUUUCGGAGAGCUCUACACAAUCUGAUGUCAUAAAGGGGAAUUUGGCAGAGACAUUGGAGCAAAUUGAACGGUACAAAAUGGAGGUGUGUGAGUUGAAGCAGAAGCUUGAACUGGCAACAAAUGAUGUUAGAGAGUUAUAUGAAGUGAAUAGGAAACAUCUAGCUGUUGUCCAAGAGAAGAAUGAUGCUUUGUCUUUGUUAGAGAUGAAUGAAAAGGAGCACAAGAAGCAAAUGGAGUCUAUAAUUGUUAUUGUCAGUGGAUUGUCAGAAGCAGUUGCUGAUCUUGAUUGUGGAAUCACAGAAGAUAUUAGAAAGAUUAACUUAAGGUUGGUGAAUUUGACUUCUCAAUUAGGUACGCAUGCCCAAAAGGUUGAUGCCCUUAAAAGAAUGAGCUUGCUGUACAAGCAAGCCUUUGAAAGGAGAUGCUUCGACCUUCAAAAGGCUGAAGCUGAGGUUGAUCUUUUGGGGGAUGAGGCGAAUUCUCUCUUAAACCUGCUUGAAAAGAUAUACAUAGCUCUUGAUCAUUAUUCUAUUGUAUUGCAACAUUAUCCUGGUGUUAUGGAAAUUCUGAAGCUUGUUAAAAAGGAAUUGAGCAGAGAAUCUCGAAAGCCAGUUUGAUAUGAAGGAACUCAGGGCACAAAUAGUUGGGAUUUCCCUUAAUUCUCCGCUGUGUAACUUUUUACUUUGAAGAUGGAAGGCUGCAUGAUUCUAUUGUGAUUGCCACUGCUGCAUCCUUUUGCCGCUAUGCGUUGAGGGCAUGAAUUUUGUCAAGCAUGUCUUCAGCCAUGUCAAGAAAACUAAAAGGAAAAUCUCUUGGAGUUGAAGCAGAAGCGCAGCAUGUUCAACUGUAACGAUAGCGCUGCUAAAGAGUUGCAACCUCAUCGGCACGACUUGCCAUAGAGCUCCCGCUGGUUUUUGCCUUUUGAUGUCCAUAUUCGUUGCCUUAAGAGUGUGCUCAACCUUUCUAGUAAUCUGUAUGUUAGCCUUUUUUGUAUUCAUAGUUUUGGCUUUUAUGUGUUUCACUUGUCUCCAGAGUUGUGAAUGGGUAUAUACAUAUCUGCAAGCCAAGGUUGCCUCUGUUCCCACAGAUACCUUUUGAUUCUACAGUUUUCGGCUUACACACUUCUCAUUCUUUUAUGGUUGGUUUAUUAUUUACUGUAAUAAUUUCCA